AUGUUCCUCAUUGGGCCCGGGCUAGGCCACCGCCCGCCACUUUCCUUUUCCCUCGCUGCCUUCCUCCAGAAAUACCUUAUCCGCCAGAGCCUCUUUCCAGCGCUCCUGGGCUCCAACAUCCACUGGAUCGGCAACUCCACACGUGCUGCUGCCCACCUGUGUGCCGCUGACGACCUCGAGCUCUCCUUAGGAAAUGACCAGAUCGAACUCUUUGACAACUACCUCGCUCCUGCCAAACAGCCAGAGUUCAACUUCCCCGUGGAGCUCGACGAGCCCACACCUUGGGGUUUCGACUUCUCCGUGCCUGAUUUCUCCCUGACUCCAUCUCUUUCUUCGUCCUACCAGACCUCCGUGCUGAGCUACCAGGAGGAGAUUGAGCCUCCAAAGUCUCACUUUGCGCUCAACAUGAUUGGCCUCCACCAGCCUCCUCAGGCCUUCCAGGACUUUAGAAGAUCUCCAAACGCAGACUCCCCAGCCACCGGCUGCAGCGAGCUGCUGGCUCUGUUUAUGGACGAGCUCUUUAUGAAGAACGGCCCCAUGCCCACCAACUUUGCUUCUGGCUAUAUCGAACUGCCACCCAUGGCUCCUGUUCCCCAGGUGAGGAAGCGCAGAGUCUGCGAAUCUCCAGAGUUUGAGGCCAAGAAACUCAAGGUUGAGCACGAGCUGUUCGACGACCGCAAGGAAGCCAGACAUGUGUGUCCCGAGUGCAACGCUUCGUUCAAAGUCAAGUCGUACUUGACCCGCCACGCCCGCAAACACACCAAUGCCAUGGCUUUCAUGUGUCCCUUCCACGACAUCUCCACCCAGGACAAUUUCGGCAAUGUGAUCAAGCUGGCCACCAAAUGCCACCCUACGGGCGGUUUUUCCCGUAGAGACACCUACAAAACGCACCUCAAGGCGUUGCACUUCAUCUACCCGCCUGGCACCAAGUCGAGUGCCAGAAACAGCACAGGCGGCCGCUGCGCAGGCUGCUUCGAGUACUUCGAGAGCAAUGCCCGCUGGUUGAAGUACCACAUUGAGUGUGAUCAGUGCAAAGGCUUGCAGGAGCACGGCAGAAGCGUCAAGGGCAAUGGUUGCAAAAACAACAGCCACUCGGGGGCCCUGGGGCCUGUCAAGGCCGAGUGCUACGACUAG